UCCGAUUGAUUUCUGCCCCGACAUUUGAAAUUAGGGCAGUCUCUUCUCUUCUAGGAUUUUCCAUCUCUCUACGGCGAAUUUCUCGGCGAUCUCUCUCCAUCGAGUUCGAGUGUUUUGAGUGUUAUAGGGGGUGGAUAUGGAUUUGGAGACAGAGAACAGAAUUGCGGCAAUUCUGUUGAAAGAGGCUGCAGAAUUGCGGCGGCAAGCGGAGUCAGAUGGUGCACUUUCUUAUCUUCAUCGGCCUAAUGUCAGGGGGAGACCAAAUUCACGGUUUUUAACAGCAACUGUUCUUGGAGUACAACAAGGCACACAUCGCUUUUAUUUCCCACUACGAGUUCUAGAUUUUUGUUCUGCUAACCGAGCUGUUGAAGUAAAUGAAAUGUGGAAGUUAAGGCAGAAAGAGGUGGAGCUUGAGAACAGGCUUAAAGGGAGGUUGGCAGAUAAGAACAGAGAUACAAAGUGUCAUAGCUCUAGUCUCUCGGAAAGGAGGUCACGUGAGAGAUGUGAUACUGAUUCAGGCACGAGUGGAUCAAAGAAAAGAGAGAGACAGGAUUCUCAUUCCAGUGAGGAUGAUGGCUUGAGAGAUGCUGAAAUUGAAGAGUUUUUACAUUCAAGGGUCAAGCGUGGCAGGGGAACUGUGGGGUCACGAAUGGAUGAAGCUGGCCCUUACCUUCCUUCUAGUCCAGAUCCUAGAGAAAGAGAGUCAGCAAGUCCUGAUAUGAAGCGAAGCAAAGGAUGCGGAUAUCAUGUUGUCAUUGGUCCAGAGAAGCCCGUCUGGCUGAAUUCCCCGGGUUCUUCAGACAAUGAAUCUCUGUCAGAAGACAUGACAAAAGUCCGAAAGAAGGCUAAAUCCAGUAAACACCACCACCAGUGUAGGAAACAUAGAUCAAAAAAGAAGUCCAAGGAUAAGGAGGAUAAAAGGAGGAGAGAGGAGAAAAGGGUCAAACUUCAUAGAUAGAUACUAUCGCCUAAUCAGUGUAUAUUAACUUUUUCUCUUCCUUGUUGAUUCAGAGGUUCGUUCAGAUGUUAAGCGUCAGAACUUUUAUUCCUGCUUCGUGGAAGUUUCAUUGUUGUGUAAUUUUGUAUAUUUUGCUCAUUUCUCCUGUAAAGAUGGCCUUUUACUCCAUUUUCACAGCACUCCUUCAACUUC